AUGACCAAUCCAACAGCUCCUACCACUUCCUUAACCCCUUCUCCUCAAAUCCAGGAACCACGUUCCUCAUCUCUUUCCUUUCAACAACAACAACAACAAGAACAACGGAAACCCUCUUCCAUAUUCCAUGAAGGUGAAAUUGAAUUUCAAAAGAAAGCCAAUACCUUUGAAUUUGCCAAUGCUCUCGGACCACGUAAAAUCACAGGUCAUGUUCCUCAAGAAUUUCAUCACUUCCUCACGAAUCGUAUGGUCGUGUAUGUAGCCUCAUAUAAUUCUGAAACGAAUGAAUGUUGGUGUUCGGCCAUAUGGGCUUCUCCUCGUCCCACUGAAUUGAAAGUAUUGGAAGAGGAACACAUUGUUGAAAAGCCUUCCUUUCUGAAAGACUCUCAUUUACCUUCGUAUAUGGAGGAGAAGGAUUAUCCAUGGAUUCCUCUCUCUACCAUUGUUGAGCCUCAAGGUAAAGAUUCGGAAGAAGAACGUUUAUGCUCCUUAUACGAUCCAUGUAAUGUGGCCAGUGGUGAUUCAUGGCUUCAUCUCAAUUACCUGAAUGCCCAACACUUUGAAAAACUCGUUGAUAUUUCUCAGGAUGGUAAAACCCUUCGAAUAUUGAAAGCUCCUCAUGCACAAGAUCCCAUGUGGCAAUCGUGUCGAGAGGCUGGUACUCUGGUGAGUUUGAAUUUUCUUGAUUUGGAAUCUCGAAAACGUUAUAGAACGAAUGGAAUCUUAACGAAAGGACUCUCUGCAUCGGGAUUUGAAAUACAAGUGUGUGAGGCCUUCUCGACUUGCCCGAAAUAUAUUCAACAGAGAGCUGUGGUGAAAUUGUAUCAAGAAAGUGAAGAACGUAAAGGAGUGGUGGUGAAUGAAUUGUUGGCUGAUAGGAGAAUUACAUUGGGAGAUGAAACAACGUACUUGAGUGAGGAUGUGAUUAAUUUUAUUGUGGGAUCUGAUACCAUGAUGAUUGCAACGAUUCACAAACAUGUUGGAGCUGAUUGUUCACAUCGAGGAGGAAGACCUGGAUUCAUUCGAGUCUUGGAUCGUAGAACAUUAGUUUGGGGAGAUUAUGUUGGAAAAGGCAUGUUUCAAACUCUGGGAAAUACUGUCAAUUGUCCCAAUGCGGGACUGCUAUUUGUAGAUUUCGAAAAUGGUCAUCUGCUUCAUCUCACUGGUGAUAUUCAAAUAUUAUGGAGAGAGCCUGGAACAAGUUUGGAUGGAAGUGAUCGAACAGUUCUUUUUCACACCAAAAGAUGGAUGUUAUUUCAACAUUCAUGUCCUUUUAUUUGGCAAUUUGUUUCCAUGUCCUCUCACAAUCCAUUACUCAAUGAUUCCAAUGAAUUGGAGAAAUUGAAUCCCAAAUAUUUGUCAGUGGUGAAUGUUGCACCUCUUAUGAAGAAGAAACACCAGAAAGAAAUUGUGCAUGCUCGUUUAGAAAGAAUUAUUCCAAUUACGGAUGAAGUCAAAACCUUUGGAUUCAAAAUUUCAGAGAAUAAGACAGUUUCCAUACAACCUGGACAAUAUGCGACAUUUACAUUAUCUUUGGAACAUCCAUAUAUGAGAAGUUGGACUGUGUCAUCAGCACAAUAUGUCACAAUUCCUCAUGUUCACACAGACAUGAAUGAUACGAACUACUUUGAAAUUUCUGUAAAAAAACAGGAUUUAGGAGCAACAAGUACAUGGUUGCAUGAUCAUGCCCAACCAGGAGAUGAGCUGUUUUUAAUGGGAAUUGAAGGAAAUUUCACUUUGCAAACGUCGUAUUAUGUAACAAUGAAAAAGAAGUCACAAAACAAAGAUGCUCAAUGGAAAGUCUUGUUCCUGAGUGGAGGAAUUGGCAUUACUCCUUUCAUUUCAAUGAUUCGCGGAGUGUCCCAUAGCUUAAAACAAUCAAUCCUAACACAAGAUUCGAAACCUCAAAUAGUUAUGAUUCACAGCGAAAAACUUCAAAAUGAGAUACCUUUCAGGUCAGAGCUAGAAAAUUUGCUACAAGAAAAAGUGAUCGAUCAGCUGUUGUUCUGUGUCACACGAGAGAAAGAUGUUAAGGGUGAAUUAAUUAGAUGUCAACGUCUGGAUAAGAAGAUUAUUACGGACACUGUUAAAGAUAUCGAGGAGAGGGUAGUGUAUAUAUGCGGACCCGGUCCUUUCAAUGAAAGUAUGAUUAGGACCAUGCAAGAUUUGAAUGUUCAUGCCAAGAAUAUUGUUGUUGAGAGCUUUGAUUAUUAA